CACCCAAACGUGCAGCGACGACACACCACGUCUCCAGCACUCCACGCGCAGUAAUGCCUCUCCAACCCCUCCCAGACUGAACCUUUUGCCUCAGCAAAAACCUGCCACAAAACCACACCGACCAACCAACCUCCAACCACCUACCCAGCCAACAAUGUCACCACCCGACACCCAGCAGCAACAACAACAACCCACGGCAACCGACCUCCGCGCCAGCCUCGCCCGCGACGGCUACGUGCUAAUCCCCUCCCUCCUAACCCCCUCCGAGCUCAGCGCUCUCCGCAGUGCAACAGCGCGCACGACCGCGCUCGCGCGCUCAGGAAACUGGCCCUACAUCCGGACGCUGCCGAAGCAAUUCCCACCAUGGCCAUCCGACCCCUCAGCCGGGAUCUGGGGCGUGCAGCACCUUUUGCACCCGUCCCUGCCCGACUCCACACUCUUCGCCCACAGCUAUUUCAGCGACAGCAUCAUGGGGCCGUGCAAAGCGCUGCUGGAGUGCGGCGACGAGGACCUCGUGCUCGAGCUGUAUAAUCUGCUUGUGCGGCCGGACGCGGACUUUGCGCUGCGCUGGCACCGGGACGACAUCAGCGAGGGGGCGGGCGCGGAGGAGGAGCUGGAGAGGUUGAACAGGCCCGCGUUUCAUGCGCAGUGGAACCUUGCGCUGUUUGAUGAUGCGUCGUUGGUUGUGGUGCCGGGGUCGCAUGCGCGGGCGCGGACGGAGGCCGAGAAGACCGCUGACCCGUUUGCGCAGGAGAUUCCUGGAAUGCGGGUCGUGCGGAUGCAGGCUGGCGAUUGCGUGUUUUAUAAUAAUAAUAUUCUGCAUCGCGGCGUGUAUAAGGCGGAUCGGGAGCGCAUGACGCUGCAUGGCAGCGUGGGUAUGGUCAAGGGGAAUAAAGAGCGCGCCAGGAAUGUUUUGCAGCAUGGUAUUGGGGCGUGGAUUGGGGACACGGACUUUAGUGGGCUGGAUGACAAGUUGAGGAAGCGCGCUGAGGCUAUGCGCGAAAGGGCAGUGCUGCUGGGAAGCGCUUCGGGAGAUGUGGGGUAUUUCUCGAAAGACGAAUGAGAACGAGAGUAUUGCUGUCGAGACUGCUGCUGCAGUAUCUACGUUGGUUUAACUAUCAAAAUUUUCGAGGCCAUUCGUAAUUAGUGCCUCGCAGGGUGUAUUUAAAUCU